UUGAAACGCGCAGAAAUCACCGUGCUCGAUUCUCACAGAGUGAUCAGUGAUCACAGCUGUGUCUGCCGGGAUGACGGGGUUCGGAUCGCCGUGCGGAGCGUGCAAGUUUUUGCGGCGCAAGUGCGUGCGCGGGUGCGUGUUCGCGCCCUACUUCUGCCACGAGCAGGGCGCGGCGCACUUCGCCGCGAUCCACAAGGUGUUCGGCGCCAGCAACGUGUCCAAGCUCCUCGCACACCUGCCGCUCGCCGACCGCCCCGAGGCCGCCGUCACCAUCUCCUACGAGGCGCAGGCGCGACUCCGCGACCCCAUCUACGGCUGCGUCGCACACAUCUUCGCGCUCCAGCAGCAGGUGAUGACGCUGCAAGCGCAGCUGGUGUCGCUCCAGGCGCAGGCGGCGCAGGGGCAAGGCGUGCACGAGGACGCCAAGGGCUACAUGGGCAGCGCGGCGGAGCAGCUAGGGUACGGCUACCCCUGGUGCAACAGCAAUGGAGGAGGAGGGGGCCCCGUGAGCGCGCCGGCCGCGCAGCCGUGCGCGUACAUCAAUGGCGGCAACGAGUCCUUGACCGCCCUGCUGGGGUCGGACUACAUGCAGCAGUCGCUGUACCACGCGUUCGAGCAAGCCGGUGCGGCCGACGACGGCCGGCAGGCUGCAGUGGCCUACGAAGCGGCGGAGUCGUCGUCGUUCGGGGCGGACGAAAGCGGCUGGCGGCCGUCGUCGGGGUACCAAGACUGCGAGGACCUGCAGAGCGUGGCUUAUGCUUACCUGAAUCAUCGCUCGUAAGAACUAAGAACUACUAGUGCAGAAUAUAUAUCACAAGAGAUAUAUAUAUUCAUAGACAUAUAUAUGUCCUCAAUUCCGGAUCAUGUUUUGGACAUGAGCUUGGGUAAUAUAUGUGCCAUUUUCAAAGCGUCGAUCUAUUAAUAUUGAUCGGUCGAUCUCUGCUAGAAAUAAUUCAGAAGCAUGAAUGUGGGAGACUGGGAGU